CUCGAGUUACGUUCGAACGAAUAACGUAUAUAAUUUUGUUAAUUAUUAUUUUAGCUGCAAAACAGUCUACAAUUUAAAACUGAUCGAAAAAAAAGAGUAGGCCUAUAUUGAGAACAAAAUCUACGAGUUUGAUUAAUUUAAUAUAAAACCACCGCUAUGACGUAUUAGUAACUGUAAAAUAAUUUAUAUUUGUUGCCUGGAACAAAUAAUUGAGGGAGGUCAUCUGAGCGUGACCCCCCUGGGCCUACGUUCUGCACCACAGGUAAUCAAGGACAUGUUUUUAAAAACAUAUUUACCCCCACAUCACAUUCUUUGUAAAUGAAUACACUUGCACGAUCAGACAGGCCACGGAAAGAGGGUGAGAUUGUUAUAAACAAGAUCCUUUUGUCGUCAUCGCAGGUCAAAGCGGUUUUUCGCCUUCACCUUGCUUGGUCUCUUCUAUUAUCUAUUGACUAUUAUAUAUCUGCAAGAGUUACUGUCCGUCACUUCAUUCCAACCAACUUGCGGUCGCCUGUCAAGUAAACAAAGACGCAAACAAUCGAAAAGAAUAUGUCCCGAUGGACACGGAAUCUCUUGCUUCUAACUCGCCAGGCCAGAAUACUGUCUCAAGUGCGGUUAACACACGUUGCUCCAAUCGGGUACUUGCAAUGUUCGAAUCCGGUUUUGCUGGAUAACUUUGGACGUCGCGAGGUUUUCGUUUGUCGGCGCGGACACGCGACUUGGGUCACGGCGGAAGAUAUGGAUUAUAAAGGCCAGAUCCUCGUUUAUUCCAUUCUAGGAUGCCCCCACUGCAUGAAAUCUAAAAACACCUUACAGAAACUCAACCUGCCGUAUACGGAUAUUAACUUGGAGAUGUUUCCGCAGUGUCGAGAACCGCUGAAGGAAAGGACGGGUAAACGGACGGUUCCUCAGAUCUUUUUCAAUGCUACUCAUGUUGGAGGAAAUGACGAUCUACAGAACUUGGUUAAAGACAAGUCUCGCCUGCAACAGCUGAUUGAGGAUGUGAAAUUUAAUGCACCUCCACCUGAAGCACCUGUACCACCUGACCCCAGCACAGCAGUGGUUGAUGCAGGUUCAGGCAACUUUGUGUGUGAGCCGGACGAGUAUGUCCAACUGGUGCAGGAACUGAGGAAGAGUGGUCUGAUCGGCGAUCACUGGCAGGGCAUCCGCGUUCACCACAAUUCGUUUGUCGGGCGGGACUUUGUCAACUGGGUCGUCAAAAACAAGCAAUUAGAGAGAAGUGAUGCCAUCAUGAUGGGUCAGGCCCUGAUUGACAAACACUUUGGCCACAACAUCAAGUCUGAUUUGUCUUUCCAAGACAACGACGUGUAUUACAGACUUCUGGACGAUGAGGAGACUCAUGCCCUGAAUGCUGGACACAUGUCUGACUGUGAACCUCAGGCAGCUAUUGAAUUGGGAGAAGACUUGCGGAAAAUUAUUCUCAAACUCUACAGUGCUUUCCUGUCUCCUGAUGGCAAGAAAGUGGACUACAAAGGUAUUGGUGCGAGUGUGGAAUUCAAGCAUUACGUCCGUCUGACAAAGGAACUACAACGUGUUCAAAUUGCGUCAUCCAGUCGGGAAGAAAAACUGGCUUUCUUCAUCAAUAUUUACAACGCUCUUGUGAUACACGCCAACAUCGUGCGGGGACCUCCAGAUAACCUGUGGCAACGCUACAAAUUUUUCCACACAGUGAAGUACAUAAUAGGCGGCUAUGCGUAUUCUCUACAGGACAUUGAGAAUGGAGUUCUUAGAUCCAACAGGAAGGGAGUUGGAAUGAUAAGAAGACCGUUUUCUUCGUCCGAUCCUCGUCUGAAGGUAGCCCUGGACAGGUGUGAGCCCUUGAUCCAUUUUGCCCUCGUGUGUGGUGCCAGGAGCUGUCCACCAAUAAAAACAUACUCGCCUGAUAAAGUCGAUGAGCAGUUGCGUGUGGCGGCGGAGGCGUUCCUGGAGAGCCCCGACGGCUGUGAGGUGGUAAUGAACAACAAGACCAUCUACCUGACACAGAUACUCAAGUGGUAUCAAGAGGACUUCGGAAAAGACAAGGCAGAGAUGGUAUCCUGGGUGAGAGACCACGUACCAGAAGGUGAAAAGCGAAACCACAUGUCCGAACUCAUUGAUGGAAAGAAAUACAAAGUUACUUUCAUGUCAUAUGAUUGGUCCGUUAACUCUUAGUGGCCAGCUGGUGUUUAGUAAUAGGAUAUAAACUACUGAGAUCUGAUAUUGCAAUAGUACUGAUAUUAUUUUUUGGUGUAUUUCUUUUUAUUAGACUGUAUGUUUAACCGAUUUGAUUUGAUACUGAUUCCUUAGUUUUUAUCUAACUCUUAAUAUCUUGUGUAGAUAGUGGAAACAAUAUUUGCAAUCUAAUUAAAAUUAACUCCACUAUUACAUGUGGAUCUAACAGCAGCCAGUUGGAGCUCAUGUCCACCAAUCAAAGCCUU